CUUACAAUUGAAGAAAAAAAUGAACGAGAGGGUUAGUUUACCUUACAGGCUCGUGAAUCACUACUGAAAUUCUGAUUAAUAUUGAAAUAUUUUUAAUAUAUAGAGAUCAUGUUAUCAAAGUUUUACUAUUCGUUUUAGUGCGAAUGUAGUAAAUAGAAUAGUAACAAAGGAUUUAAUGAAACAUGCAAAUUUUCAGCUCGAAUUUCAUCUUGAUUAAACGUGUCAAUACCGUAAAUAAUAAGAUAUUGUAUUUCACCGAUUUCUUAUUGUUUUAUCUGACAAUGGUGAAAGUUUAAUAUGCUGCGUGUUGUCAAAGAAAAGGGGACUACUAAAUAGUGAUUUAUAGUUGUUUUUUUUUAAGAAAACAUUUGCAUCUUUGAGGACUUCAAGAUAUUUUAAUCGUCAAAUGAAAUAAAAUAAAUCUUAAUAACAAGUAUUUGAUUUCGUGGUUGUGUCACUACAAAAGGGAUUAUUAAUUAACGGUUAUAAAAUGUCAGGGGAACCGGAAAAUAAACCAAGAGCACAAGAUGCUACCUUACAACAGUACAGUUUGGAACUGCUAACAUGUAUUGACGAAAUGAGAUUUAAACGUGACACACUACAUAAGCAUAUUCAAAAGGAGAUAACUGAAAAGGACAAGUUACAAAGUGAUUUAAGAAGACUGACAGAUCGUCUUGUGAAAGUGAAUGAGACUAUAUGUGAUAAAGUUAUAGCCAGGAACCGACUUGAUGAGACAAUCAGAGAAACAGAGGCAGCUUUCACUAAUCUCGCAAUGGGUUCUGAAAGUUUGUUAAGAUUCAUGAAGAAAGUUACAGCUUCCAUUCAACCGGAAAUACUGUCUGAUACGACCACUGAAAACACAGACACUAGCAAAAAGAAGAAACAAACAAAGCGUACGGACGCUUCUAAACGGUGACGUGUGCAUAUGCGGAUUCUAUAUAACAAUGUCAGGAAAACAAUUGUUGUGCAGUAUUUAAUUAGUUCCAGAUUUUGUUUUUUUCCCCCAAUAGAAUCAUCCUUAUUUUCACAUGUAUUGUCAUUUUUGUACUAUAAAUUGAUCAUUUGGUGUUUUGUUUUUAUUA